UUUAAUAUCUAAGCUAUGUGUUAAUGAAACAUGUGUCACAAGUACUUAAAGUGUGGUGGCUAGCUUGGCCACAUUAUGAAGACCUGCCUUGUGUUAACAUUGGGAGUAUUGAUAAGCAUAACCAGAGUGUGGUCGCUUAAUUUUCAAGUUUUUGAAGAAGGUAACGCGGAUGAGAUCGUUGGCAAUAUUCCACAGCAGAAUGGACAAACUUACCGUCUAUCAGAGCCUUCCAGCUUUUUCACACUGAUUGAAGCAACCGGGGAGUUAAAAACUACGCAAGGAAUUGACCGAGAAGCGAUACCCAAUGACGUCAUCCAACUUAUUGCUGUCUCCACGGCUUCAGUUGCUCCAGUUGAAAUAAAUGUUCAAGUAGUCGAUACAAACGAUAAUGCUCCGAUCUUCAACCAACCAGCACACGUUGAUGUCGAUAUACCAGAAAGCACAGAAGCUGGCGCUCAGUAUUUUCUACCAACGGCCACCGACCGCGACUCGCCAGCAAACAGUGUUUCCGCAAAGUAUUCGAUCGUUGAAGGAGAUACAAACAAGUUCGGCUUGUUGGUGGAUUCUUCCCCUGGUCAGGAAACACUGCUGUUUCUCGUGACCAAAACCAAGUUCAACAGAGAGAUACAAGUACGUUAA